AUGCCCUCGGCCGUUGCUGAUAAUAGCACUCGCCAACACAGUUCGCUGUGUGAUAGGACGAAUGACAUGUCUGAGCCAACACUUCACAGUGACUCAAUCCCUUCGCAUCCUCUGGGACUCAAGCCUCUAGGCAACCAGUACCUCUUUACAGGCCGUAAUGCCAGGCGGUCGAUCGGAGCAUGGAGACUUCUUCCAGACGAAGUUGUCUCCCUUGUGCUUGAGCAGUUUGACGCUGAAGCUCUGUUGAAGCUCAGUCAUACUUGCAAGUUUUUCUAUGCUUUUUGCCACUCAGAUGAAUUUUGGAAGCCAAUAUUCUUGCAGUCACCACCAAAAGACAGCAAAGAUAUUCGAUGGCGAGGUUCAUGGAGGUCGACCGUCCUAGGUUUCCCAGAUGACUAUCAAGCCAAGAUUGACUGCAGCAACGUCUUCUCAGAUGUCCUCCAUCGGCCAUUCGCCUGCAGUCAUGUCUUGCUUUCUCAGUUCACCUCAAAGAUUCCCAAGGCAAACCAAAUCCGCCGCCUUGAGAAUAUGACCUACGAUCAAUAUGCCGAAAAGUGGACUGAGCAGCCAUUCAUUCUCACCAAAUGCAUCCAGGAAUGGCCAGUCUUUAGCGAAUGGACCAUUGACACCUUACUGGAGAAGUAUGCCCACGUCGACUUUCGUGCCGAAGCUGUGGACUGGCCAUACGCAACUUACUAUAACUACAUGAAGAACAACAAGGACGAAAGCCCUCUGUAUCUGUUCGAUCGUAAAUUUGCGGAGAAGAUGGGCAUCACACUGGCCGAGAAGGGAAAUUCGGCAUACUGUAAGCCUGAGUGCUUUGGGCCUGACCUGUUCGAGGUGCUUGGAGAUGAACGACCUGCCCAUCGUUGGCUAAUUGUUGGUCCCGAGCGAAGUGGUUCAACCUUCCAUAAAGACCCCAAUGCAACAAGUGCAUGGAAUGCUGUUAUUCAAGGAAGCAAGUAUUGGAUCAUGUUCCCUCCUGCGACACAAGUGCCCGGAGUCUACGUUUCCGACGACAGCAGCGAGGUGACCAGUCCCCUCAGUAUUGCUGAAUGGCUCCUCACUUUCCAUGAAGAGGCACGACAACUUCCCGACUGCAUUGAAGGCAUAUGCGAGGCGGGUGAGAUUUUGCACGUUCCAAGCGGAUGGUGGCAUCUGGUGGUCAACCUCGAGAGCGGCAUCGCUCUCACGCAAAACUUCGUGCCACAAAGCUUGAACCUGCUGUCAGAGGUCGUCUCCUUCCUACGGGAUAAGGCUGAUCAAGUCAGUGGUUUCGAUGACAAGGUCAAGGACCCAUAUGGACUCUUUAUGGAGAGGAUGCAAAGUAGCUAUCCGGAGGUCUUCGAGAAGGCGGUAGCUCUUGCGGAUAAGAAGAGCGGAAAGAAGCGCAAAUGGGAUGCUGCUGUUGGCGCUGCAGACGAUGAGCAGCAGGGCGGAGGCGGUUUCAGCUUCGGUUUUGGAGGUGACGACCUCGAUGAGAUACCCUAG